GCGAGUAUCUAGCUUCAGAGAGAAACUGACAAUUUGCAUGAAAAGAAAUGAAGCAAUCUUACUCUACAUUUUCUCCCUGGACUUAAGCAGGAAACCAAAACAUCAUGCAAAAAUCCUGCAAAGAAAAUGAAGGAAAACCCAAGUGCAGCGUGCCAAAGAGGGAGGAAGAACGCCCCUAUGGAGAAUUCCAACGCCAGCAAACAGAAGGGAAUUUUAGGCAAAGGUUGCUUCAGUCUCUCGAGGAAUUUAAGGAGGACAUAGACUAUAGGCAUUUUAAGGAUGAAGAAAUGACAAGAGAGGGAGACGAGAUGGAAAUGUGUUUGGAAGAGAUAAGGGGUCUGAGAAAGAAAUUUAGGGCUCUGCAUUCUAACAAUAGGCAUUCUCGGGACCGUCCUUAUCCCAUUUAAUGCAUUUCUCCCCUGAAUUCAACUAUUUUCUGUUAUUAAUAUUGCAACAUUGGUUUCCUUUGUUUGCGUUUUCUUGUUAAAUAUUUGCUACUAUUUUAUUCCAAUCCUUCAGUGUUCCUUUGAUUUACAUAUGACUCAUUACCAUUUCAUCUUUUAAUCCAAUCUCGCUCAUUUAAUAGGGUUGUUUCAUUCGUUUUCAUGGGAAGAUGCUCAUUGUAUAUUGUAAAGUAAAAAUAAUAUGUUGCAUAAUGAUAUAUAUAGAUAUGUCUAUCUAUAUAUAUCUUAUAUGUACAUUUAUACAUGUCAUAAU